AUGGCCGAGCUCCCAUCAAAGGUACACCUCACCUCGCACCCCAAGUGCCUGAGGAUCCUUGAGCACUUAGUAUAUGAGGACGAGAAGCAUCGCACAUGGCUGCAUCUCUUCAUGGACACAGGUGUCAUGCAGGUACGCUUGCGCCUGGAAGACAUCCCCAGUCAGCAUAUUGCCCUCAGCACCAGCCCGCAGACCUUGAGCACCAUGCCUUGGAUGUGGACGCUCCAUUCUGGCAGCCAGUACGUGGACCCCUUAAACCGGUUCUGGCGCAUCGUGCACCACGUCAAGGAGAAUGGCGUGGAGGAAAUGAUCCUUGAGCUGAUGGCCGACUUGUAG